CACGUUAUCAAUGAAGCUCCGCCCACUGCAGUUCCCCAAUAAAUGCUGGAAUAUUCCCAUCAGUUUACAAGUGCAGACGAGCAUCAAAGCAUCAGGAAGGAAUCAUUUCUUAAAGAGGACAGAGAGAAAAUGAGGGAUCCAGAACCCUGCAGAAUCAAACACACUGAAGAACUAACAGACCUAAAGAAAGAGAAUGAGGAGAGUGAAGAACUGAGUGAAGCGGAGGAGAAACAUCAUGACAAACCUGGAGAAAAACCUUCGAGUCGCUCGAAGACUAAAAAUACAUUUUUAAAGAAAACAAGGACCAAUAAAUCUUUCUCCUGCACUCAGUGUGGAAAGAGUUUCUCAAACAAAAGACAUCUUGAGAUUCACAUGAGAGUUCAUACUGGAGAGAAGCCGUUCACAUGUGAUCAGUGCGGGAAGAGGUUUCCAUAUAGAGAAAGUCUUAAAGUUCACAUGAGGAUCCACACUGGAGAAAGAGGGUUUACAUGUGAUCAGUGCAGGAAGAGCUUCACACAAUUAGCACACCUUAAAGAGCACAUGAACAUCCACACCGGAGAGAGGCCGUUCACAUGUGAUCAAUGCGGCAGAACAUUUCUUUGGGCAUCAGUCCUGAAGAAACACCUGAAAGUUCAUACGAAGGAGAAGCCGCAUUCAUGUUCUUGUGGGAAGACUUUUAUUUCAGCGAACUGUAUAAAACGGCACCAGAUUAUUCACACUGGAGAAAAACCUUACAAGUGUUCACACUGCGACAAGAGAUUCAGUCAGUCAUCAAAUCAGAAACAACAUGAGAGGAUCCACAGGAGAGAGAAACCGCAUAUGUGUGAUCAGUGUAGAAAGAGUUUUGCUUUUAAAAGUCACUUGAAGAGACACAUGAGGAUCCAUUCAGUGGAGAAACUAGAUCACCGCGGUCUAAAAUCACGGUAA